AUGGAGAAAGAAGCGAGUGUCAAGUGCCGAGUAGCAGUCGUUGGGUCCGGCAUGGCUGGAUUAGUAACCGCAUACCUGUUGAAUCGGGACCCCGAGCAUCGAUACAAUGUCGAAAUUUUUGAACUUGGGGAGCGCUUGUCUCUCGACUCUAGUUCGCUGUCUGUCCCGAAUCCUGAGACUGGAAAUGUCGAUCGUAUUGAUCUUCCAAUGCGUGCGUUCGCAGGUGGAUUCUACAGCAACCUGAUGGCCAUGUAUAAUUUUCUGCAAGUCGACUACCAGCCUCAGAAAUUUCUAUUUGGGUUCUCAAGCAUUGCAUCUAAGAAAUGCACGUCUCAAAAGUCCCAAGAGCGUUUGAAGUUUAUACAUUCUUCUAACAACCACGUACUAUUUCCAAUACGGCCCCAGACAGUGGACCCCAUAAGUCACCUGUGGGAAAUCGGGUACCUGAUUGUGUGGUACGCAUGGUUUACAAUAUGUUGUUACCUUGUGCCACCCCGUCCCGCCACGCGAAUCAUCCCCUGCGAGUCCCUGAGGUCAUAUGUCCGGAGAAUCCACCUCCCAAAAUACUUCGUCUCAAGCUAUCUCCUACCAUUGUUCUCUAGCGUGGCGACAUGCCCUCACGAGGCACUCUUGGAAUUCCCAGCACAGGACCUGAUUGAUUACAAGAGGAAGACCAACGGUGAUCAGCACUAUACCGUCUGCGGUGGUGUCAACGAGGUCGAGAGGAAGCUGUCGCAAGGCUUACAAAUACGAAAGUCGACUAAGGUGGUUUCAGUGGAGCCCCAAGCGCAAGGAAUCAGAGUCCGCUGGAAACAUUCGUCGGACAACUCCAGAUCCGAUACUUCAGAAGCUUUAUUCGACAGGGUUGUUCUGGCCGUGGCACCGAAUGUGGUGCAGGCAAUCUUCAAACCAUUGCAAUAUGAAAUGUCACAGAUUCCGACGAUUUCCGUUCAGAGUGUCGUUCAUUCCGACGAGACUACAAUUGGACCAUUGACUGGCACCGAUAUCCUACAUUCAUCAAACACCAAAACUUUGAUGAAGGGCUCCGAUGCGCAGAUCAUUUACAUGAGGACUUUUGCGCAGGCUGAUCCUCAAACGGAGUCGAUCCAUGUACAGCCAUCAGGCUUACUCGUCACGACGUGCCCAGUUUCUGUCAUCGACCCUGCUAAAACAAAACAAUGUGCAACCUUUACCCGUGUGCUACGUACACCACAGAGUCGGGAGAUAAUCAACAAUAUCUUCAACCGCAGAACCUCAGGACCCCAAGUACAGCAGGAGAAGAAAAGAACUACUCAAUGGAGAAACGGGGACCAAGGAGUCUGGUUAGUAGGGGGUUGGUGCUGGGAUGGAAUGGUUUUGCUGGAAGGAUGUAUCGUCUCGUCGAUGGUUGUUGCAGAUGCUUUUGGCAUCGAGAUACCCUGGAUGUAA